AUGCCUAAUCAAAUGCAAGAACAGCUGCAGCAAAACCCCCUGCUGCAGCAGGCAGUGCAGCGACUGCGGCAGGCAGAGCUCAAGCGCGUGCAGCAGCAGCAGCAGCAGCAGCAGCAGCAACAGCAGCCAGAAGGAGCAGAAGCAGCAGCAACAGCUGCAGCAGAUCCUGUGCUGCAGCAGCAGCUACUCCUGCAGCACAGCCCUUUGCUGCAGAUGGUUCGUGCAGCAUGCAGCAUUUAA